CCUCACCGCCCACCGCAAACCUCACAUCAAUCCACUUGCGCGGCUAUAUUCAUACCCACCGUUGUCGGAGUAGUUUGCCUAUUACCGCUAGGUACCAGCUCCAUCACCAUGACUAUAUAAACACUCAUGGCCGCACUUGUGAUGCUCGGAAACGACGAUCCAAGCCCAGCCAUUGGAAACAACCUCUGUGAUUGUCUCAACCUAGCCGCCUCCCCAGAGGACAGGAUAGCUGGCUCAAUGAGUACACGAAUGGCCACUAAGAGUUCGCGGAUACCGAACCUUGCCUCUUCAGCAACAGUCACGUAUUCCCAGGCCUAUGCUGGCUCACUGGCCCACAAAACUUCCACUGGAGGUGACACGGAAAGCCUCUCCUCCAACUACGAGCCAGAACCGUGCGAGCAGCUGCCAGGUGGCGUUCCUGAUUCCUACGAACAUACGGCGCAGGAAGUGUCCAUGACGAGGCCGAUGCAGGGGCCCCGACUUACUAUUACUGAUCAGCGCAAACGUGACCUGGAAAUACGAUCGUCACCCGUAGAAGGGGAGAAGAUCCCGGAGAUUGAUAUGCCUUACGAUGACGGAAGAGAUGCUGCCGCUACUGACAUUGUGAGACCGCAACAACAGUGUAGUUUACGGUACGCGCAUCCCUCUCACACGAGCGAUGAGCUACCGCGGUGUUCACAGCCGAGUGUGAUGCAGGCUACAGAACAGGAGCCAGAAUUUGUGACCGAUGACGUGAGCAAUGCGAACGAUAAGUCACUUAAAAGGCGAAAUUACAACACCGGCUGUAAGUACCGCAAGUGGCUGAUUGGUUACUCGUGGCUUUGGCAACUCUGA